AUGAGAGCUUUUGAACAAUGUUCUGGUUUGACUGUAAUUAUUAUUCCUGAUUCUGUUGUAGAAAUAGACUCAAGUUCUUUUAUUUUCUGUGAAAACUUACAAAGGAUUCAAUUGCCAAUGAGUAUGUCUAUAAGUAAUGAUAUGUUACUAAUCGGAGGUAUAUUCCCACAAAAUUGCAUCAUUAAUUAUAAAUUUAAAAAGAAUGACACAAAAAUUCUUUCAUAUUCAUAUUAUAAUAAUCAGAAAUUAACCGAAAUCAAUUUAAACAAGAUAUUUUUUGGAAACGAAACUUUAGAUUUACCAGAAAAUCUGAUUUCAAUAGAAAAAUGGUCAUUUGUGGAUUGUCCGAAUCUUGAAAAGAUAAAUUUGCCUGCAAGUGUAAAACAGAUUGGAAAAGAAGCCUUUCACGCUUGUGAAAAGCUAGUUACUGUCAUUUUUAAUAGUCUUGAUAUUUCUCUGAGUUAUCAAUCAUUUUCGGAUUCAAUUGCAUUCCAAUUUCCAGAACCAGAGUAUGGUUAUAAAGCUUAUGAGUAUUCUAGGCAAGGAAAUGAAGAGCUUACAAUUCCAAGCAAUAUCACAUAUCUUCCUCCAUUUUGUUUUUAUGAUAGUUUCUUUGUUAAUCUAUCACUAAAGUCCAUUAAGAAAAUAGGAACAAAUUGCUUUGCUGGUGCACGAAUGACUGAAAUUGAUCUCACAGGUGUUGAAAUUUUAGGAGGCUGCGCAUUUGCCAAUUGCCCAAAUUUGGAACGAGUAAUUUUAUCUGAUUCUCUCAUAAUGAUUGGUGAAUAUGCUUUCUAUUCUUGUGAUCAAUUGAGAAUCUUAGAAUUUAACACUCAACAUUCAAUUGAAUUGCAAGAAUAUGCUUUUAGUGAUUGCAAUGGAUUGGAUAUAUCAUUAAUCUUAUCUAAAAUUGAAUACGUUCCUGAUUAUUGUUUUGCAUAUCUAAAAAAUGUUCAAGAAAUCAUAAUCCCAUCAAACAUAGAAUAUAUUGGAGAUGGUGCAUUUUCUGGUUCAUAUGAAAAAAAAAAAAAAAAAAGAAAAAAAAAAGGUAUUGGGGCUUCCAGGCACUUCGUGCCCUCUAGCCCCGAAGAUGUUUAG